CGGCGGCGAAAGGGCGGCGGCGGCGGCCGGCGGCAGCUCAAGCAGCGCUUGGAGGACGAGCCCCGUUCACGGGACCACGGCGUGGAUUUGUCACACUUCUGGGAGGCUUUCCCCUCAUAAACCAGUUGCAAUGGUCCUGGCUCACACCUUCACCAUCUGAUGUGCACAGCCCCUAAGUAAACAUAUCCACAGCACCCCACAAAGCCGACCCCGCCACGACUGCACCUGGACCUGCCGUGCUGUUCAUGGCCAAGCCCCCUAGCUUAACGGGACAGAAUGGCUUCCACUUCCAUCAGGCAAUCGUCUUCCCCAGCCCAUCUCCCUCGGGCGAGGACAGUGCAGCUUUCAACACCCCUGGGGGCACGCCACUGAGCAAUGGCACGGGGUGCUGCGGCACCCCCAGCCCCGCCGAGUCCUGCGCCCAGCCCCUCUGUGAGGCCAGGGACAGCACCCAGUUUGGCGAGGGGAUUAAAUACGUCUCGACCGACGGGAAGGAGCUGGCAUGUGGCUGGGGAGGGUUCACGCCUGGCUGCUUGCAGUUCUUCAACACCUCCAAGGGCGUCUUGUUCUUCCUGUGCGUGGCCUCCUUCCUGCAAGGCAUGACGGUGAACGGCUUCAUCAACACGGUCAUCACCUCCAUAGAGCGCCGCUUCGACCUCCGCAGCUACCAGAGCGGGCUGAUCGCCAGCUCCUACGACAUCGCGGCCUGCCUCUGCCUCACCUUCGUCAGCUAUUUCGGGGGGAACGGCCACAAGCCGCGGUGGCUGGGCUGGGGCGUGAUGGUGAUGGGCCUGGGCUCCCUGCUCUUCGCCCUGCCCCACUUUACCACUGGCAUGUACAAGGUGCACUCGUCGGCUGAUGUGGGUGUCUGCGCAGCGAACCAGAGCCAGUCGUGCGCCCCGGCCGCCUCCAGCCUCUCCAGCUACAGGUUCGUCUUCAUGCUGGGGCAGUUCCUGCACGGGAUGGGAGCCACGCCGCUCUACACGCUCGGCGUCACCUAUUUAGACGAGAACGUCAAGACCAACUACUCCCCUGUGUACAUUGCUGUUUUCUACACUGCUGCAAUCCUUGGGCCUGCAGCGGGUUAUCUGGUAGGAGGAAUGUUUCUAAAUAUUUAUACUGAAAUACACAGAGAGACUGACAUCUCCCCGGAAAACACGCUGUGGGUGGGGGCAUGGUGGAUCGGCUUCCUGGGGGCUGGAGCAGCCUCGCUCCUAAUCUCCAUCCCCAUCCUGGGCUACCCCCAGCGCCUCCCAGGAUCCCAGCGGUAUAUUGUUAUGAGGGUGUCGGAGGCUCAUCAGCUGAAGGAUGGGAGCCACAAAAAAGCAUCAGAUCCGGACUUUGGGAAAACAGUUAAAGAUCUACCUCGAUCAGUACUGCUGCUUCUGAAGAACCCCACCUUCAUCUUCCUCUGCUUAGCGGGAGCAACUGAAGCCACGCUCAUUGCUGGGAUGUCCACCUUUGGACCCAAGUUCCUGGAGUCUCAGUUCAGUUUAAGUGCCUCUGAAGCUGCUACCCUUUUUGGUUAUCUGGUCGUGCCGGCCGGAGGGGGAGGCACAUUCCUGGGAGGAUUCCUUGUGAAUAAAUUUAAACUCCGCUGCUCAGGAAUCAUCAAAUUGUGUUUGCUUUGCACAGUGACAAGUCUGAUGGCUAUUUUCAUUUUUUUCAUUCGUUGCCCUAACAUGCCGAUGGCAGGAGUAACCCAGAUGUACACAGGAAGUGCUGUACCUGGCGGCCACGUAAACUUGACAGCAGCAUGCAACGCUGAGUGCGGCUGCCUGCGGGAGACCUACAGCCCUGUCUGCGGAAGCAAUAACAUUAUGUAUUAUUCUCCUUGCCACGCUGGGUGCAAAAAAGUGUCUGAGAAACUCAGGAAUGGCAAGAAGGUCUAUAAGGAGUGUAGCUGUGUUGAGGAAAAUACCUUCCCUGGUGAGGCAGAGGCAGGCAAAUGCACCUCCUCUUGUGCGAAAAGGACUUUGCUCCUCUUCUUCAUGUUCAUAGUGAUCCUCUUCACCUUCCUGAGCAGCAUUCCCGCCCUGACUGCGACUCUGCGGUGUGUCCCUGACAGGCAAAGGUCGUUUGCGCUCGGGAUCCAGUGGAUCGUCGUACGAACGCUAGGAAGCAUCCCCGGCCCCAUUGCCUUUGGGUCGAUGAUCGAUAAAUCCUGCCUGCUCUGGCAGGACCAGUGCGGCGAGCAAGGCUCUUGCUACGUUUACCAGAACUCAGCCAUGAGCCGCUACACCCUGAUCACUGGGCUGGUCUACAAGGUGCUUGGGACAACUUUCUUUAUGGUCGCCUGUUUACUGUACAAACCACCGCCAGCAGAAUCAGCUCAGGGCAGCUCGGACACAUCUGAAAAUGGCAACAGUGACCUCCAGGAAACCAAACCUUCGCUUCCUGCUGCAGAGGAUAUAUAAAGCUAUACGCAUGCCAGUGACUUUCUCAGUCUCAAAAAUAUGACAAGAAGACAUUAUACAGUCCCUAGGUUUUUUAUUAUUAUUUAAUUAUUAGUAAUAUUCUCACUUUUUUUUUAGUUUAAGAGAACUAAUUUAAUUAAUCACUGGUGUGCUUGCUAUUUUCUUAACAGCAGAAGCACAUUUAAAGUUGUGUGCUGAUGUCAUAUGCAGUUAUUUAAUUUUAUUUAAAGAAAGGGCUACCGUAGCUUUAUUCCAUGUCUGUGACAAGCAAGGACCACAUCCUCCGCGAGUGGAAAUAGGCACCAGUAACUCCAAUGGAGUGCGUGGGGUUUAAGCCACCGGAGGAUCUGUUCCCUCAUAUCUCAAUGAUAAAGCCAACUGUAGCAAAACUUCUGUUGAGACCUUCUAAGCCUGCAAAGACACCUGCUGUCCUGCAAUCUGCAUUGCAAAGAGGGCAACUGGCCCUUGAACUCCUGUAUGCAAAGCAGACAGCCCAGGCAGUGUUGUCUUCCUUCCCACGACACACAGCAUUGCUCGUCAUUCAUGCCGGUGCUCUCCAGCCCUUUUGUUCAGGAGCAGAGCAUCUAAUUAUGCAAGUUCAUAUUCCUGUGCCAUGGGAGAUAGGUUUGGGAUGAGAUUUGUCUAGCAAAUACAUCAGUACACUACAGGCAGCAAUUCCUGAGAGCUGCCGAGCACUGUACUUCGCUGCCUUGUUUCCUCGCAGAGUUUACACCAUGGUAACACCUCAUUUUUUGUUGUGUUGUUUAACGGUGAUGCCUUUUUUUAAUGUCCUGUGCAAAACUUGAACUUAUUUCUUGCUGUUGUUUGUUGGAUGCGGGAGGAUGAGAUACGGAUCUAUGCAAUGCUUCUCUUCGGUUGCUCUGUAAAGAUGCUGGUUUUGGCUACAUGUGAGAAGUCAGAAUGAAUUCAUUUUUUCUCUAGACUGCAGACCUAAGGGAGGGCUUGCCAUAAUGUCAGCCUGCUUUGUGGAAAGGGGAUGCUGACUUGUUUCCAGGCCAGUGCUUGCAAGUAGAGAGGGCAGCAUUCCCCAAAUGGCCUGUAAGUGUGCACUUGCAAUAUCUACCAGGGGUUAAGGGUGGAAUUUCAGCAUCUAGCAGGCGGUUGCCUGGCUUCUCUCACAGCCCCACCAGGCAAGGGGGUUGCCCAGCUGCCUGUACACGCACAGCCACAAGGUCCAGGCACAGCUCCAGGGCGAUGAAGGCUGGGCAGGGCCAGCCCCGACAGUCCUACAUCGAAUCAAACAUUCACAGGGACAGGACUUGUGUUACUGAGCUUCAAAGCUGGCACACACCUUGUGCUAGGUGCUACUUAGAAUUAUUUUGUAUAUUUUGUGUAUUUAUGCUUUCCUAAGCAGACACGGAAUGGGCAUUUGUUUCCUUUGGCUGCUUAAGCACUGGCAGCUGCUGCAGUUUGAUGACCAAGGGCAAGGCAAGUACCGCACGCAGGAGAGCCCCGCUGUCCCGGAGGGGCAGGAUUAGACCUCAUGGAUGCAGGAAUUGACCCCGACACCACCCGAACACCAAAGGCUUCUUCACAACCUGGCCUGGUCUUGGUGCCACCUGCAAACAUGAGCCUGUCUCCAGUCCUCGCCCAGAGAUUGCCCUUCCCAGCUAACAGAUGUUUGGGGUACAAGCAGGGGUCUUAAAAGGGGAACAUGCAUGAAUGUAUUUUGGGAACAUAUUUUAUGUAUGAUGUAUUUAUGGAAGGUAGAUUUAUAUAUAUAUAUAUAUAUAUAUAUAUAUAUAUUGGUAUGGCGAUGUAAUUCUUAUGUUUAUAAAAUGAGGUUUAUCUGAAUGUGUUAUUUCCAGAGCAAAAGGAAACUUUGGGGGGUUUAUUUUGGUGGUGAUGGACUGAUGACGGAUGGAUUUAACUAAGUAGUAACAAGGUGCUCCCUUUCCGUAAGCAGGCUCUGUGUGUGUACAGGUAAUUUAAAACAAAAUAUUUGAGAAUAUGUUUCCCGGUCUCAAAUAAAGUACUAUAUUGCUAUAAAAAGCACAGAAACGUAAUCAGUAUUUCACAGGGUGCCCGUGUGUGUUUUUCAUCAGCCAUCCUGCUAACGGGGUCAGGGCCACCCCCCACGGGUCUGGGCUUCGCUGCACAUCAUCACGGUGUCCCCAAGGGUCUGCAAUCCA